GUACUUAAAGAAAAACGAAGAAUAGCAGUGUCUCAAACCCUUCUGCAGCUACAAAACCCCCAUCUUUUCUACUACUUUUGUGCGCGCAGUAGUCAUCUUCUAGUCGGCGGAUCGCAGUCUCCAGUCUCCAGUCUCGACCCUUCUGUGCGUGCUACUCUACCGCUCAAAGCACAGGAAUCUAUUCACGGGCGAGUGCUUUUAGGUUUUCAUUCUCAACUCUUGUUCCAUGGCGAUUGAAAAGCUUCUUAAGGAUGAGGCUACUGAGGAAAAGGGUGAGCGUGCGAGAAUGGCUUCCUUUGUUGGAGCUAUGGCAAUUGCUGACUUGGUUAAGACCACAUUGGGACCUAAGGGGAUGGAUAAGAUUUUACAAUCUACUGGCAGAGGGCAUAGUGUCACGGUCACAAAUGAUGGAGCAACCAUCUUAAAGUCCCUGCACAUUGACAACCCCGCUGCCAAAGUCCUUGUUGACAUUUCAAAGGUUCAAGAUGAUGAAGUUGGUGAUGGUACUACUUCUGUUGUUGUAUUAGCUGGGGAGCUUUUGAGGGAGGCUGAGAAGCUAGUAAAUGCCAAAAUUCAUCCAAUGACAAUUAUUUCAGGGUAUCGCAUGGCAGCUGAAUGUGCCAGAAGUGCAUUGGUGGAGAAAGUGGUGGAUAACAAACUUGACGCAGAGAAAUUCAAAUCAGACUUGAUGAAGAUAGCAAUGACUACUUUGAGUUCCAAGAUUCUCUCGCAGGACAAGGAACAUUUUGCAAAACUUGCUGUUGAUGCUGUCAUGAGGCUAAAGGGGAGUACAAACUUGGAAUCCAUUCAAAUCAUAAAGAAACCUGGAGGAUCCUUGAAAGACUCAUUUCUUGAUGAGGGAUUUAUUUUGGACAAAAAAAUUGGUGUUGGACAACCUAAAAGAAUUGAGGAUGCAAAGAUUUUGGUUGCAAACACUGCCAUGGAUACUGAUAAAGUGAAAAUUUACGGGGCACGUGUACGGGUUGAUUCAAUGGCUAAGGUUGCCGAAAUUGAAGUGGCUGAAAAGCAAAAAAUGAGAGAAAAGGUGCAGAAGAUUAUUGAUCAUGGGAUCAACUGCUUUGUUAACCGACAGUUGAUUUACAAUUUCCCAGAGGAACUAUUUGCUGAUGCUGGAGUACUUGCAAUAGAGCAUGCGGAUUUUGAUGGUAUUGAGCGACUAGCUCUUGUUACUGGUGGUGAGAUAGCAUCUACUUUCGAUAAUCCAGAAUCUGUCAAGCUUGGGCACUGUAAGCUUAUUGAAGAAAUAAUGAUUGGCGAGGACAAGCUGAUCCACUUUUCUGGAGUGGAAUUGGGUCAAGCUUGCACCAUAGUAUUGAGGGGGGCAAGCCCGCAUAUGUUGGAUGAGGCUGAGAGAUCUCUCCAUGAUGCUUUGUGUGUUCUAUCACAGACGGUGAAUGACAGCAGGGUUUUGCUUGGAGGUGGAUGGCCUGAGAUGGUAAUGGCUAAGGCUGUCGAUGAACUCGCCAGAAAGACUCCGGGGAAGAAGUCCCAUGCCAUCGAAGCUUUUUCAACGGCACUGGUGGCUAUUCCAACUAUAAUUGCUGACAAUGCCGGCCUGGACAGUGCUGAAUUAGUUGCCCAGCUUCGUGCAGAGCACCACAAGGAGGAAAGCAAUGCAGGGAUUGACGUCAUAACUGGAUCCGUUGGAGACAUGGCAGAACUAGGAAUCUCGGAGGCGUUCAAAGUGAAACAGGCUGUGCUGCUCUCAGCAACCGAAGCUGCUGAGAUGAUUUUGAGGGUCGAUGAAAUCAUCACUUGCGCCCCGCGAAGGAGGGAAGACAGAAUGUGAAAGGUAAGGUUCGGAGUUUUGAAUCAUAAUUAUCAUAUGAUAUGAUUGAAUGAAACGUUGAUGCAUUGAGGAUUAAUGACUGGUUUGGCACUUUCAGUUUUGUUUAUGGUACUUGUUCAUUAAAGAUCAUAUUUGAUGACGAUGACUGUACGCUAGUGCUACAAUUUUAAUUUGUACUUGUUGUGAAAUUAGCUGCAUUUUUAAA